AACGUUUCUCUUUGCGCGAUGGUGCUUGAGAUCGCCACAGCCGGGGAGGAGGUGUCCAGAUCCUUGCUGGACGGAUGGCGACAGCUGGUGGAAGAACAGCACGAGACCCUGCGGCGGGUCAUGGAGGAGCACAGAGCGCAAUGGGACGCCUCUUUGAGGUCGGGUCUCCAUCGAAAUACCGAAGGUGACCCCGACCGUGGCGGCCGUGGCGUACGUUUUUCAAAACUCACGUCGUCCACGUCGUCGACGCAACCGCAGCAGCCGGAAGUCGACUGCGAUCCGGUCCCCGUUGCGGUUGCGCCGUGGGAGGACUUUUUACCUUUGGAUCUGAAGAGCCAUCAUAUUGAGGUGGCCAUGCCCACGCCGCCUAAAGAUUUCCUGACGGUGACCGAGGUGUCCCCGAACAGCAAUACCUUGAGCGACGGAACCUUCGUGGUGUCCAGCAGUGCAGACGGGACUGUUUCACGCAGCGCGCGACACAGUACCGUGUCCAAAAGUGUCAAGCCCGUGGACUUUCAACUCACUGAGAGAUCUUUGAAUGGUUGGUCGUUAGUGAAGAUCAAAUUCAGGAAGACUUUGGACUUUGUGGCCACUGCUCUGGUGAUUUUGAAUUGCAUCUUGCUGAUGGUGGAGUUGGAGCUAGAGGGUCGUGCUGUGGGAUCUAAGUUGGGGUUGAGUGAUGGAGUAGAUCUCACGGCGUUGAUGCCCUGGUUUCAGGGCAUUGACCAUACCUUCAUCUUGAUCUUCUUGUUGGAGCUGGUGUUGAGACUGGUCUUGGAUGGCCGCAACUUCUGCAAGGACAUUGCGAACCUUUUUGACACCAUCCUGGUGAUCACUGGCUGUGUGGAUAUUUUGGUGUUGGCGCCCAUCAUGGGUAACGAGAACGCGGCCAUGAUGCGGGUGGUUCGUACACUGAAGUCUCUGCGCGCUUUGAGGUUGCUUAGAACUUUCAGAUUUGUCCGUGGUUUGCGGCUCCUGGUGAAAGCUUGCCAAUGCUUCUUGCCUUCCUUGUGUUGGGCCAUGGUUUUACUGGCCGUCUUCAUGUCCAUCGGCGCCUUAGUGCUGGGCAAUCUCCUGCUGGAUUUCAGUGCCAGCGAGGUGGAAAACUAUGAGGACCGUCAGUGGGUCUGGUUGCACUAUGGGACCUCGUACCGGGCCUUGUACACGCUCUAUGAGGUCACCUUCGCAGGCAAUUGGCCCACCAACGUUCGGCCGAUCCUGAACAAGGUGAGCCACUUCUACGUCCUCUUCUUCGUGUUUUACGUCACGGUGAUUACCUUCGCUGUAAUUCGUGUGAUUUCAGCCGUGUUUUUGAAGGAUACCCUGGAUGCGGCUCAGAACGAUGCUGAGAAUCUGGUGGUGGAAAGGCUGCGGAAGAAGGACGAGUAUGUGGCCAGAUUGGAAGCAGUCUUCAGUGCGAUCGACAAAGAGGGUGAUGGAAUGAUCACUGAAGAAAGGCUGACGAAUAUUUUGUCGCAUCCCAAAGUUGAAGCCUACUUCCAGACCUUGGAUAUCGACGUGCAAGAAAGUGCAAACCUUUUCCACAUUAUCGAUAAUGGAGAUGGCGAGGUUACUCUAGAUGAGUUUAUAGAUGGCAUCAUGCGCUGCAAGGGCCAGGCGCGCGCGGUGGAUCAAGUGGCGAUGCGCUUCGAAGUUGCCAAGUUGGACACCAAAAUCACGGAACUCAUCGUGGCACUUCGUGUGGCGGGAGUGAUCCCGUACUCCACCCCCAAAGGGGCACGGGGAGAAUCAUUCACGAAGGAGUGAGCUGGGGCUGUAUGUGGUUGCAACCCAGGUUAUGGUGGGGGCUGCCAAG